GGGCGUGUUCCUUGUAGUGUAAGAAGUCAGUGAUGGCUGCUGCCAAGAAAGUCUGUGUGGUGGGCUCCGGAAACUGGGGUUCGGCCAUUGCCAAGAUCGUGGGUGCCAACACAGCCAAAAAUGACAAGUUUGAAACGGUGGUCAACAUGUGGGUCUUUGAGGAGAUGGUGGACGGUCGCAAGCUCACGGAAAUCAUCAAUACAGAUCACGAGAAUGUCAAAUAUCUGCGCGGUCACAAGCUUCCCCCCAAUGUGGUGGCUGUCCCAGACUUGGUCGAGUCUGUGAAGGGAGCCGACAUCCUGAUGUUUGUGGUCCCUCAUCAGUUCAUCAUCAGAGUGUGCGACACCAUCAAAGGCCACAUCAAGAAAGACGCUCACGGUGUGUCACUCAUCAAGGGCGUAGACGCCAGUCCAGAGGGUCUGAAACUGAUCUCUGAGGUCAUCCGAGGGAAGCUGGACAUAAGCAUGUCGGUGCUGAUGGGAGCAAACAUCGCCAGCGAGGUGGCCGAGGAGAAGUUCUGUGAAACAACCAUCGGCUGCAAAGACAAAGCCCAUGGACCAAUACUGAAGGAAUUGAUGCAGACCUCUACCUUUCGCGUGACCGUGGUCGAGGAAUCAGACGUGGUGGAGAUCUGCGGGGCGCUCAAGAACAUUGUGGCGGUGGGAGCAGGCUUCUGCGACGGCCUGGGUUUUGGCGAUAACACCAAGGCAGCGGUGAUCCGUCUUGGCCUGAUGGAGAUGAUCGCCUUCGCCAAGUUGUUCUGCACCAACUGUCCCGUCUCGGCCAGCACCUUCUUGGAGAGCUGCGGUGUGGCUGACCUCAUCACCACCUGCUAUGGUGGACGCAACCGCAAGAUUGGGGAAGAGUUUGCCAAAACGGGAAAAACCAUCGAGCAGUUGGAGAACGAGCUACUGAACGGUCAGAAGCUUCAAGGACCAGCCACUGCAACUGAAGUGCACCAAAUCUUGAAGCAGAAAAACAUGGUGGACAAGUUCCCGCUUUUCACUGCUGUCCACCGGAUCUGUUUCAACAGCCUCCCUGUGGCAGAAUUCAUCAACUGUCUGCAGAACCACCCCGAGCACAUGUAAAGGACUGCUGCUACUGAUGAUGGUGAUGAUGAGACUCUCACUGUGGAGCUGCUACUGUAUGCGGCGAGUAAGGUGAUUUCUCAAACAGAGCGUGAGUGUUAAACUACUGUUAUCGCUGUUACAUAACACCUCUGUGGCCUUUUGCUGAAUAGAAAGGCCAAACGUUGUUGCAUAAACCGUUAACCUCCAAAGAAUUACUACACCGCCGACGCACAAAACCUAUGCCCAGUUGCACAAAAUUCAUACUUUUCUCAAGUGCCUUCAUUUGUUCUCUAUGCUUGUUGACAUUAUUUAUUUGGGAAUAAACCAUAGAACUCUUUUC